AUGGACACCCAGGAGGAUGUCCAACCCCCAGAGCAGCAGCCAAUAAUAUAUAUCUGUGGAGAAUGUCACACAGAAAGUGAAAUAAAAUGCGGGGAUCCAGUCAGAUGCAGAGAAUGUGGAUACAGAAUAAUGUACAAGAAAAGUACUAAAAGAUUGGUGGUCUUUGACACUCGAUGA